UUUGGAGGGGACACGUCGCGGGGUCGUGUUUCCCCUUCCCGGAAGCGUGGUUUCCUACCGGAAGCUAAUAGUAGACGGACGCACUGGUUCAUGGCGAUGCCAAGUGGUUUAUUUUGAUGAGUUCCUCACGGACAUUUGACAGAAAAUGGAGAGUUUUAAAGUGUCUUCCAUCUCGCUGUGUUCCCUCCUCGUCUUCGCCUCCCGGCUGGCGUGCGGCGACAUCACGGACGGAAACGCGGAGCACCUGAAGAGAGAAAACUCGCUAAUGAAACCUUACCAAGGUGUGGGCAGCAGCGCGUCCAGCCAGUGGGACUUCUCUGGAAGCACCCUGGUGACCUCCUCGUACGUGAGACUCACCCCGGAUGAGAGGAGCAAGCAGGGAUCCAUCUGGAACACUGUGCCGUGUUACCUCAAAGACUGGGAGAUGCACGUCCACUUCAAAAUCCACGGGGUUGGCAAGAAGAAUCUCCAUGGCGACGGCAUCGCUCUCUGGUACACAAAAGACAAAGUGCAUCCGGGGCCCGUCUUCUCCGACAACGCGCUCUUCCACGGCCUGGCGGUUUUUAUCGAUACGUACUCUAACGACGACUCGGCCGACCGCUCCUUCCCGUACAUCUCGGCCAUGGUGAACAACGGCUCGCUGAGCUACGACCACGGCAGCGACGGACGCACCUCGGAGCUGGGGGGCUGCUCGGCCGACCUGCGCAACAGAAACUUCGACACCUACCUCGCCGUCCGCUACUCCCGAGGACGCCUGACCGUGAUGGUGGACGUGGACGACAAGAACGAGUGGAAGGAGUGCAUCGACAUCGGAGGCGUGCGUCUUCCCACCGGCUAUUUCUUUGGCGCCUCGGCGGCCACCGGCGACCUCUCUGACAACCAUGACAUCAUCUCCAUGAAGCUUUACCAGCUGAUGGUAGAACACAGUCCUGAGGAGGAGAACCUGGACUGGACCAAGAUCCAGCCCAGCGUCAGCUUCCUCAAGUCGCCCAAAGACAACAUCGACGACCCGACGGGGAACUUCCGCAGCACGCCGCUGACGGGCUGGAAGGUGUUCCUGCUGCUGCUGUGCGCCCUGCUGGGCAUCGUGGUGUGCGGCGUGGUGGGAGCCGUGGUCUUCCAGAAGAGGCAGGAGCGCAACAAGAGGUUCUACUGAGAGACGUCCACCAGGGGGCGCUGGUGACAGAGUGGACAGUUGAAGCACAUUUCUUCUUUUUGCCUCGAAAGCUUGUACAGAUGUGUUGGUAUCCUGGAAGCACUGCUGGGUUUUCUUCUUGUUUUGUUUUUUUUAGGCUCCUUUAGUUGGCAGAUUAAACAACAUCCUGGUUGCUAUGGCAACAGCCUCUCCACCGCUGCCAUCCACACUCGUUUUCUUUUCUUUUCUUUGCUGAACUUCCGUGUUUGUUAGUGACGACCACACUCUCAAACUUUGAGUCAAACUCUCUAAAGUCUCCUUUACAUCUUGGAAACUUUCUUCCCACAAGAUGCCCCAAAAAGAUGUUCACGGAAUUUGGAUGUUGCACCUUUUAAUAUCUGCAAAAAUGUGACUUCUUGCUUCUUUUUUUUAAUCAAAUGACAAAAACCUUUCUUUGAGGCUAAAUUACUUUAUUUUCCAUAAUGUGAACCUUUUUUGUUUGUUGGUCCACAAAGGUGAAUAAAGACAAGUUACUGUUUGUGUCUGA